UUAAAACUAGCCUUGCACAGGGUGGGUGGGGUAAUAUAAUGUGUGUUUGAACAGACAAGGUAAAGUCUCCUGUUGUAAUACGUGCUCAGGCAACGAACGGGCUUGAAAGGAAUGUUUUACAACAGUGACACUAACACUGGAGAGACCGCAUGCUAAAGGAUUACCCACUCUUUGGAAAUCACUGAUUUGAAUGUUAAACCACAAUGGAGGCAACUAGUGACACCACAAAGAUCCUGGGAAAGGGUCCUGAAUACCUUCGAAAGCAGAUGGAACUGGAGAGUGAGACAAAAGGACGCAUGAGUGCUGUGGAGAGGCUCGCUGCAAGCAAACCAAAAUAUGUCAAAAGCCAACAGGUUGUUAACUCAACUCAGGAGCCAGUGACCAGUCUUGGAUCAGCCUCGGUGAGUAGCACUGGGUCUUCUAACCAUUGCGGGAAUCUUGUCACAGGGAGUAACUCAAGAGAGGCUACAUGUGGUGCACAAAUCAACAGCUUACCCGGGCAGGUACGUCGGUCCAGCUCCAAAAACCGUCGAGACUCGCUUCUGCUACACAGACAGAAAUGUGAGUUACUGAGAGGGUCCGAAAAUGAACGGAAACAUCCUAUAACACGCAAGUUGCUCAGCUCUUUGCAUAAAAAUGUUUCAUUACCUGAGGCAACAGAUAAGGAGUGUGAAUCUGAGUGCAACAAGGAAAAAAUCUCCACACCUGAGGGAACAGCAAAGGAAUGCAGCUCACAAUCAGAGAGGAGGAAGAAUGGAGUAGUUAAGCAACAAAACACAGAAUACAAUGAUCCUGGAUCUAAGGUGACAGCGGAUGUUGUGAAGCAAUCUGCUGGACUCCUAACGGUUCCUGAAUUUGAAGGCAGGUCUGGCAAAGGAGUAAGUCGUUCUCACUCCGACAUCAGCUCCAGGUACUCUAAGAACUUUGCAGACUUUGAUGCUUUUUUCAAAUACUGUGGGCUGGGCGGCGAGGUUAUUGAAUCUUUUGGGAAGGACAACUUCUCUGCACACUCAAAUGAAAUUGCCAUAAACAUCCGGAGUGUCAGCAUCUCUACAUCAGACGACGGCUUCUCCAGGAACAGUGGUGACAGCGACGGAAUAAUGGAAGACAGGCUACAUGAAAAGAUACGUCAAGAGACGUCAGUUAUUGAGCGCAAUGCAAGGAUUAUCAAAUGGCUGUACAGCUGCAGAAAUGCUAUAGAGACUGGAAAAACUUUAAGAGACCUUGAUUGAGAUUAAGACAGAGGCUACAUGCUUAAG